GAGGCAGCUGACCUUCGAGGAGGAAAUCGCUGCUCUCUGCUCCUUCCUGUAGUAACAGCCGCCGCCGCCGCCGCCGGAGCCCAGGCCCGGAGCGAGAGCCGCGGGGCGGACAGCCGGCCCCGUCGCCGGACGGCUCGGCGCCACCAGGUGAACAGACAUGGCGGGCUGGAUCCAAGCCCAGCAGCUGCAGGGAGAUGCGCUGCGCCAGAUGCAGGUGCUGUACGGGCAGCACUUCCCCAUCGAGGUUCGGCACUACUUGGCCCAGUGGAUUGAGAGCCAGCCAUGGGAUGCCAUCGACCUGGAGAAUCCCCAGGACCAAGCCCAGGCCUCCCAGCUCCUGGAGGGCCUGGUGCAGGAGCUGCAGAAGAAGGCGGAGCACCAAGUCGGGGAGGAUGGGUUCUUACUGAAGAUCAAGCUGGGGCACUAUGCUACGCAGCUCCAGAACACGUACGACCGCUGUCCCAUGGAGCUGGUCCGCUGCAUCCGACAUAUUCUGUACAAUGAACAGAGGCUGGUGCGAGAAGCCAACAAUGGGAAUUCUCCAGCUGGGAUCCUGGUUGACGCCAUGUCCCAGAAACACCUCCAGAUCAACCAGACAUUUGAGGAGCUGCGGCUGGUCACACAGGACACAGAGAAUGAACUGAAGAAGCUGCAGCAGACCCAGGAGUACUUCAUCAUCCAGUAUCAGGAGAGCCUGCGGAUCCAGGCUCAGUUUGCCGGGCUGGCCCAGCUGAGUCCCCAGGAGCGUCUGAGCCGGGAGACGGCCCUCCAGCAGAAGCAGGUGUCCCUGGAGGCCUGGCUGCAGCAUGAGGCCCAGACACUGCAGCAGUACCGCGUGGAGCUGGCCGAGAAGCACCAGAAGACCCUGCAGCUGCUGCGGAAGCAGCAGACCAUCAUUCUGGACGAUGAGCUGAUCCAGUGGAAGCGGCGGCAACAGCUGGCAGGGAACGGAGGGCCCCCCGAGGGCAGCCUGGACGUGCUGCAGUCCUGGUGUGAGAAGUUGGCCGAGAUCAUCUGGCAGAACCGGCAGCAGAUCCGCAGGGCUGAGCACCUCUGCCAGCAGCUGCCCAUCCCCGGCCCAGUGGAGGAGAUGCUGGCUGAGGUCAACGCCACUAUCACAGAUAUCAUCUCAGCCCUGGUGACCAGCACGUUCAUCAUUGAGAAGCAGCCCCCUCAGGUCCUGAAGACCCAGACCAAGUUUGCAGCGACGGUGCGCCUGCUGGUGGGCGGGAAGCUGAACGUGCACAUGAACCCCCCCCAGGUGAAGGCCACCAUCAUCAGCGAGCAGCAGGCCAAGUCGCUGCUCAAGAACGAGAACACCCGCAACGAGUGCAGUGGCGAGAUCCUGAACAACUGCUGUGUGAUGGAGUAUCACCAGGCCACCGGCACCCUCAGCGCGCACUUCAGGAACAUGUCACUAAAGAGGAUUAAGCGGGCUGACCGGAGGGGCGCGGAGUCUGUGACGGAGGAGAAAUUCACGGUCCUGUUUGAGUCUCAGUUCAGCGUUGGCAGCAAUGAGCUUGUGUUCCAGGUGAAGACUCUGUCCCUUCCUGUGGUUGUCAUCGUUCACGGCAGCCAGGACCACAAUGCAACCGCCACCGUGCUGUGGGACAACGCCUUUGCCGAGCCGGGCAGGGUGCCAUUCGCCGUGCCCGACAAAGUGCUGUGGCCGCAGCUGUGUGAGGCGCUCAACAUGAAAUUCAAGGCCGAAGUGCAGAGCAACCGCGGCCUGACCAAGGAGAACCUCGUGUUCCUGGCCCAGAAACUGUUCAACAGCAGCAGCAGCCACCUUGAAGACUAUAAUGGCAUGUCCGUGUCCUGGUCCCAGUUCAACAGGGAGAACUUGCCGGGCUGGAACUACACCUUCUGGCAGUGGUUUGAUGGGGUCAUGGAGGUGCUGAAGAAGCAUCACAAGCCCCAUUGGAAUGACGGGGCCAUCCUAGGUUUUGUGAACAAGCAACAGGCCCAUGACCUGCUCAUCAACAAGCCCGAUGGGACCUUUUUAUUACGCUUUAGCGACUCCGAAAUCGGGGGCAUCACCAUUGCCUGGAAGUUUGACUCUCCUGACCGCAACCUGUGGAACCUGAAGCCAUUCACCACGCGGGACUUCUCCAUUCGGUCGCUGGCUGACCGACUAGGGGACCUGAGCUAUCUCAUCUACGUAUUUCCCGACCGGCCCAAGGACGAGGUCUUCUCCAAGUACUACACCCCUGUGCUCGCUAAAGCAGUGGAUGGAUAUGUGAAGCCACAGAUCAAGCAAGUGGUCCCUGAGUUUGUGAAUGCGUCUGCAGACUCUGCUGGGGGCAGCGCCACCUACAUGGACCAGGCCCCCUCCCCAGCCGUGUGCCCCCCGGCUCAUUAUAACAUGUACCCCCAGAAUCCUGACGCCGUCCUCGACCAGGAUGGAGAAUUUGACCUGGAUGAGACCAUGGACGUGGCCCGGCACGUGGAGGAACUCCUGCGCCGCCGGAUGGACGGUCUGGACCCCCGCCUCUCCCCGCCCGCUGGUCUUUUCACCUCGGCCCGAGGCUCGCUCUCAUGAACAUUCGAAUCCCACGCAUUUGGAAACAACACAGUGUGAAGGGGUCGUGUUAAUGGGGAUUUUAGUGUCUCUGUGCAUACUGAUGCCUCCGCCCGUGCACGUGUGUGCGCGCGCACGCACGAGGUGUGCCUGCCUCGCUUUCGCCCUCCUGGGCUGCGGUGGCAGGAACCACCAGCUUGCUGCUCAAAUCGAGGUCCCCACGAGCCCACCGGGCCUGUGACUGUUAUGGGAGGGGCUCUGCUUUUGCUGCUGUCGCAGGUACUCCAGGCGAUGCAGGUCCCCUGUUCCUGCGGGGGGUCCUUUCCUGCUCGGUAAUGCCUCCGAGCUUAAGUCAUGCUCCGGAGUUAGCAGCUUUGGCUCCCAAACGUGUGUGUGCGUGUUUUGGGUGUGCUGUCCAUUGUCAUGCACGUGUGUUGAUCUAUUGGUUCUCUUUCCCUCAGGAGGGAGGCUGGGCUUGUUUUGAGUAAUAUUUUGUAUUUUAUCUAAUGACAUAUGGACUGGAGACUGUUCGGGUCUGUCAGAGCUGCUCCGAAGUCAGAGCUGCUUGGUCUCCGGGCCUCCUGGCCUCCGGGCCUUCCAGUCUCCAGCCAGGGGACCUGUGCUUCAUGUCUGUGGUGCUGUUGCCCAGUCCUGCUGUCUUUUCCCAUGAUCGCCUCCCCUCCAUCAGGCCACAGCUUUCUUUCCCUGAGGCUCUGCAACCUUGCUCCCAGGAGAGACGUGGGAGAGGGGCCGGAGCUGAUAUAAGACGUGGGCGGGGGGAGAGGGGGGUGAACAGAGGGCCAGGGACUUGCGGGGCUGACCCCCUCUCCUCCUGGGGAAAAAAACCUGCAGUGAGAGACUGCCGCAGAGCCACUUGCUACGUGCCUGUGGAAUGCUGAGUGAGGGGUGAAAGCUGAUCUCGUUCCCUUCUGCCGGGUGGACCCGGACCAGGCCUCAUCACAGCUGCAGAACGCUGAGGUCUGAGAAGGCCUUGCUCCCAGCCUCGAGUGCUCGUCCCUCUGGGGCACUGUGACCUACAGCCGGGGCAGCUGGUGGCAUAGGUUCGGAGUCCGAGGUUUAAACAUCCCGAGGGAAGGUGGGGACCAUAAGAGGGAUCCUUGUGUACUUUGUACAUAGGCCACAUAUUUGUGUAAACAGUGUUUUCAAAUAAAGUAUUUUUUUCAUAAA